GCACUUUUUACAACACUGCAUUUGGGCAACGCCACAACUUGCGCAGCAGUUCCUCCGCUUCCUCCUCCGAGCGCGAAUUCAAUUCCCCGAGACGAGUGUGAGGAAGAGGGACCAUUUGCAUCCCCCAGCAGAACUACUCUGCCACCGGAGAUGGAGAGGGAGGUCAGAUUUCCCCCAAAGUGGCACAGUUUAGCGCUUUGGUUUUUGCUUUUGAUGACACUCUGCUGCUUCUACCAUGCCACCGAAGCUGAGAUAACUUGUAAGUCAUGCCAGCCUGGAAAUAAGUGGCGUGCACAGGAAUUACUUCUGAAAUUCGACACGAAUGAACCCGCAACAGGAUUAAAGAGAGAAGUUUUGGUGCGCGGAGACGGGGCAGGGAGAUCCGCGGCUGCAGGUGCCGAAAGUCAGCGUCUCCGUUGCGCAUCUGGGUCCGCUGAAUGCGCUCCAGACCGGGCGGAAUACGCGGAGCCGAGACUGAAACGGAAUAAUACACACUACCUGAGCUCAGAAGGCGAGAUUGUUGUUGGCGAGUUUGCAAAGACGAAAGUUUCUGAUGACAAAAUGAACGGUCAGCAGAAAGGCGGUGAUGCACUUUUGGUCUCUGCGAGCAGGAGCAGAAAGCGUGCCAGAAGAAAUAGUGAUGGUGGUAGAGUCAGAUCCCCAGAUUCAGCCAAGAGUCAAGACCCGGGAGAGGGCACGAGCUCCGCGGCCGGACGCAGAGUGACGCGAUCUGAAAUGCGCUGGAGCGGAGAGGAGCGGAGAGCCGCCAGUGCGAGACUGGAUGAGCUCAAACUUAACAGCUCAAUGUUCGCCUUAACCGGGGAUUCAUCUCACAACCAGGCUAUGGUGCACUGGUCCGGCCAAAACAGCAGUGUGAUUCUGAUGCUGACCAAACUCUUUGACUUCAACCUGAACAGCGUGACUGAGAGUUCCUUGUGGAGGUCAACUGACUACGGAGCGACGUACCAGAAGUUGAACGACAAAGUGGGAGCGAAGACAAUACUCAGUUAUUUAUAUGUGAGCCCAAACAACAAGAGAAAGAUCAUGCUGCUCACUGAUCCAGAGGUGGAAAGCAGCCUCCUGAUCAGCUCCGACGAAGGAGCGACCUACCAGAAGUAUCGUCUCAACUUCUACAUCCUCAGUCUGCUGUUCCACCCUGAGCAAGAGGACUGGAUUCUGGCCUACAGCCACGACCAAAAGCUCUACAGCUCAGUGGAGUUUGGGAGGAGGUGGCAACUGGUGCAUGAAAGAGUGGCUCCUAAUCGCUUCUACUGGUCCAAAAUGGGUUUGGACAAAGAGCCGGGCUUAAUCCACCUGGAAACCAGCAUCUCUGAAGGACAGGCGCUGUAUGUCACCUGCAAGCUGCAGAAUUGCACCGAUGCCAACAAGGGCAAACCAUUCCCUGGCUACAUUGACCCCAAUUCUCUGGUGGUGCAAGAUGAGUAUGUGUUUGUCCAGGUGUCGACGGCAGGGCGGCCAAUCUACUAUGUGUCAGCGAAAAGAGAUGUCUUUACACCAAUGAAGCUGCCCAAGUACACCCUGCCCAAGGACCUGCAUGUGAUCAGUACAGAUGAAAACCGGGUGGUUGCAGCGGUGCAGGAGUGGAACCAAAACGAAACCUACAACCUGUACGUGUCGGACACAACGGGGGUCUACUACACACUUGCUCUGGAGAAUGUGGUCAGCAGCAUGGGCCUCGAGGGAAACGUGAUGGUUGACCUUUAUGAGGUAGCGGGGAUAAAGGGGAUGUUCCUCGCCAACAGAAAGACGGACAACCAAGUGAAGACACACAUCACCUACAACAGAGGCAGAGACUGGAGGUUACUGCAGGCCCCGAGCAAAGACCUGAGAGGCAACAGUGUUCACUGCGUGCUGCCAUACUGCUCAUUACAUCUUCAUCUCCACGUGUCUGCAAAUCCCUACACAUCUGGAAACAUAGCCAGCAGGGAGUCAUCGCCGGGAAUCAUUGUCACAUCAGGCUCCAUCGGCUCCGAGCUAAGCACCAGCAAUGUCAGUGUGUUCAUCACAUCGGACGCUGGAAACACGUGGAGACAGAUCUUCAACGAGGAGUACGCAGUACUGUAUCUCGACAAAGGAGGAGCCUUAGUUGCCAUAAGACACACUCCGCUACCCAUCCGACACCUGUGGUUGAGCUUUGACGAAGGGCGGCAGUGGAGCAAAUACAGCUUCACCAACAGUCCUCUGUUCGUGGACGGGGUGCUGGGAGAGCCCGGCGAGGAGACGCUCAUCAUGACGAUAUUUGGUCACGUCAGUCAUCGGUCAGAGUGGCAGCUGGUGAAAAUAGACUUCAGGUCCAUCUUCAACAGGAGGUGUACAGAGGCUGAUUAUCAGACAUGGCACCUGCACGACGAGGGAGAACCGUGCCUCAUGGGAGUGAAAAGAAUUUACCGGAAACUGAAGCCCCCUUCCAGGUGCGUUAUGGGAAAGACGUACUCUGUGUCGAUGACGUCUGGCCCCUGUGACUGCACAGAAGCUGACUUUGAAUGUGAUUACGGCUAUGAGAGGCGGACAAAUGGCAAAUGCACCCCGGCCUUUUGGUUCCAUCCAUCAACAAUGUCCAGGAGUUGCACCACAGGGAUGACUUUCCUUAACAGCACUGGAUAUAGGAAAGUAGUCUCUAAUAACUGUACAGCUGGAGUCAGUUUGGAGUACACAGCCAGGAGGCAGCAGUGUCCAAUCCAAGCGCCUAAAGGUCUCCACCUGGUCACCAGUGAGGGCACGCUGUCGGCCACACUGGGCACCAAUGUCACCUUCCUUGUUUUUCUGGAGGAGGGUGACGGCGCGAGGACAAGUAUCACUCUGGACUUUGGGGACGGCCAUGCUUUGACCUACUCCAAUGUAAGCUCCAUUGAGGACGGGAUCAAACACAUCUACAAAGCCGUGGGGAUCUACCGGGUUACAGCCACCGGGGAGAACAGCCUGGGCUCAGAGACGGCUAUGCUCUACCUGCAUGUGACAUGUCAGCUGGAGUAUAUCCAUCUCUCAGCUCCCUUUGUGGCUGUGAGGAAUAAGGAAGUGAACCUCACUGCAGUUCUGUGGCCCAGCCAAGUGGGAACGGUCACCUACAUCUGGUGGAUCGGAAAUAACACAGAGCAGCCUCUAAUCACCCUGGAGGGAAGCGUGGCAUGCACAUUCUCCCGGGAAGGCAUCAGUACAGUCACGGUGCAGGUGUCCGCUGGGAAUACUAUUCUGCAGGACAGAAAAACCAUCGCUGUCCACGAAUAUUUCCGAUCCCAUCUGCUCGCCUUCUCAUCAAACCUGGACGACCACAACCCUGAUGUUUCUGAAUGGAGGCUGGAUGUGAGCAGAGUCAUCAAGAACUCCCUGAUCCAGGCCACAGGAGUGAGAGAAGAUCAGCUUCUGGUCACCGUCCUGCCAGGUUUACCCACAGCAGCAGAGUUUUUCCUCCUCCCUGACAAACAGCUGACGGAGGGGAAACCGGAGAAGAGCUCUGCUCAUUUAGAUCAGCUCUCUGAGGUUUUGCUCAACGCCUUAAACCAAAACCUUGUGCAGUUCACUCUGCGACCAGGGGUCCAAGUCACCGUUUACGCAGCACACCUUUCAGCAGCGCCCCUAGUGGACACCAGCGAGAACCACAGUGGCUCUGCCAUGCUAAUGCUGCUAUCAGUAGUGGUUGUGGGUUUAGCUGUAUUUGUCAUCUACAAAUUCAAGAGGAAGAUCCCAGGCCUCAACGUCUAUGCGCAGAUGCAGAACGAAAAAGAACAAGAAAUGAUGAGUCCAGCUAAUCCAACAGAGGCCACGCCCAGCUCACAGCGGGACUUGGUGAAUUCUUUGGAGAUUCUGGACACAGAGUUUAACUCGCGGCCCAUCGGAUGUAUGAAACCUCAUGUACAUGUGAAAUUCUCCACAGAACUCCCCACGUACAUCGUCUAAACUCUGGACUGGAUUACCACUCCAGCUGCGUCAUUGAUCUUUUUUGCUUUUUCUUUUGUUACCAAUUGGGACACAAUGGUUUUGAGCUUUAUACCUGUGCAUGUUGGACCCUGCUGACACAUACUGUGCUCUGUUCAAACCAGAAGAAAACUGUGUACAGGUUUUAACAUACUGUAUUUUUGUUUUCUUUUUAACAUACCGUAUGUCCAAUGAAUUACACAUUUUGAGAAAUGCCAUCUAUUUAUAGAAAGUCAGAUCUAUAAUAAAGAAGGAAAGCCAGCAUGAAAUAGGGAGGGUGAAAAAAAAAUCAAAUGAGCAAUGUUUUGUUUUGCUUCCAUAUCUGAGAUUGGUUUGCUGUUGUAUGAAGCUAACAGCAGUAAUGUAUUAUUUAUUCAUAUGAAUAUACUUUUAUGAAGUAUGUUAUUGGAGUGAAUUACACAUUUAUUUUGUAAAUCAUGAAUGUCUAUGUUAUAAAUUUGUGUAUUUUAAUAACAAAUGUCAGACUAAAACAGGAAUUCUGUUAUAAAAUAUGAAUAGGGUACUUCAAAGCUUUUGGUCCAUUGUCUCUUGGAAAGCUGAUUUAUGGCACAAUACACAUUUUCUACUGAGAUAUUUCUUUUUUUAUGAUUUUAAUUUAGUAACAGAAAUACAGGGUUUCUGGAGUAAUUUAACCUUUGCUGUUAAUCUAACGCUUCUGGUACUAUUUAUGAUACAUACCAGUUUGUAAAAAAAUGUUUUGUGCUACGGAUAAAGAGACACUUGAUGGCUCAGGUGCUAUGUUGCACCUUUCUGACUUGCAGAAGAUUCCCAAAACUCACCAGACCUUACACCUUUUAGGAUUAGAAGAAGAAGAAACGGAGAAUGUCGGGAGGAGACUAUCCAACAGAGAAAAGCAUUCCAAAAGUCGUUCUCAGCCACGCCCCAAAUCACAGCUCACAACUGGAGGCAGAGUACGGUGUUCAAAGCUUGGAUUUUAAGGUUGUGGCUGUAAUGAGAUACAGCUACUUAGUGGGAGAAUCCAAAGAGCGCGGCAGCCAGACAAAGAGAGGUGAAGAGAGACGGAAGAGUGCUUUUUGGGGUUGUGACGCAUUAAGAGCAUUCUGUAGGACAGAAUAAGAAGAGGUUGAAUUUUUUUUGAAUUCUUAAUGUGGUCAGCCAAGCUCAAGGUUGGUGACACAUUCAGGCUAAUGUCCUGAGCCACUCUCUGGUAGCACCCAUUUUCAUCCCAGCUCAUUAUACAGCGCUGUAGGAGCAGGGGAACUCGAGUGCAGAUGCUAAAAGGCUAUACAAGGAUUGGUUAGUGUGUUCAGAGCGACUGUCAAACCAUGUGGUACUUUGUGAGUGAAAUCGGACAGAUGCAAAUGCCUGAUUGAUGCCUUUCAAAUCUCCCGAGGGCAACUUUUUAAAAGAUUUAUUUUUAUGCUUUUUCCGUUUGGAGAGAAAGGAGAAAUAGAGAAGGAGUUUUGGGUUUUGUCAGUUUGAAAGAUGUUUCCUUCAACUGUUCACACAUCACUGUAACUCCACCUACAUUCCAAACAUGAACAAUACGCGAGGAUAAUGAUUAGAUUCUCUAAAUUCCACACUCAGACUUAUUUCCUAAAUGUCAUUCGACAUCCUUUACUACAAGGUUGCUCAGAACUCGAUGCCAGCUGAGGAAUUUGCUUACAAACUAUCUAUUGACCACAUUUGCAAGAUUUGGCUUCCCCACUGGAUCCUUUGCUGAUUUGCCAUUCACCAUAACACAUGUCUAAUACACUGUAGUGUAAAGACUAAAGAAGACUCGUGAAAGUUGUUGCUGUUGGUCUGUUGAUGUAAAUCAGUGCUCAAAACAGAGAUACAAGAACCUGAAGCUUGCAGCAUACCAGUGUACAACAAAGUAGUGAAUUACCUUAGAGAUGUGUUGCCAUUCUUUAGGGUUAAUCAAGCCCCAUGUUGCUUAUAAAAGUUCUAUCGCAAAAAUCUUGUAAGCAGUUGAAGUUCACCCUCCUCCAUUUUGUUUGAUGUUAUUCUUCUAAAAAGGGAAUUCUUUCAGUUUCUACAAGUUGUGUAGAUGACAUACUUUAACAUUUUUUUUGCGUAAAGCUGGGUAGCUUACCAAUAUUUUUAGAUGAGGUGUCAUGACCCCGAUU